GUGAACUUUCACCCCUCGAAUAGGCUUAUUGUUUUGAUUUAGCAGGCUGUGUUUCGGUGUGAGACGGCUGACGGUAAAGAUAAAUUAAAAUACAAUCAGUGCCGCUUCAUGAAACGUAGACGAAGCAGUGUAAACAAUGAACGCGUCGCACAGGUUCCGGCGUUUCUGUUGACAAAGAUGCUUUUCUCUAAAAACGAGCUAAGCUAACGUAGCUCUGGCAACAACAUGACGACGAUGCGGAGCUGUGUUUAGGAGCGACCCCCCUCCCACCCCAACACACCCCCCCCCCUCACCCCAACCAACCAGACAUCGGAUCGAGCCGGUUUCCUGCUUGUUAAUCAGAUAUUGCAAAGAUUAUCUUGUCUUUGUGUCUGAAAAGCAACAACUCGGCCUCGUUAAAACAAACAACAUUUGUCAGAUUUCACCGAAAGUUAUCUUGAGCGCUUCAUUUCAAUGGGUGAGGAGAAGCCGGACACGCUGGACUUUGUGAAGGAUUUCCAGGAGUAUCUGAGCCAGCAGACUCAACAUGUCAACAUGAUAUCAGGCUCCGUAAGUGGUGUUAAGGAGGCGGACGAGCUGCCACCAGACUGUAGUCAGAAUGGACUGGAUCACCCCUCCGUGGACAUAUCACUGGAGGACAGCACGGGGAUCCUGGUGGAUGGUUUUGAGAGGACCUAUGACGGCAAACUAAAGUGCCGCUAUUGCAACUAUGCCACCAGAGGCACAGCCAGACUCAUUGAGCAUAUCCGAAUUCACACCGGAGAGAAGCCUCAUCGUUGCCACCUCUGCCCGUUCGCCUCGGCCUAUGAGCGUCACCUGGAAGCCCACAUGCGAUCCCACACGGGCGAGAAGCCGUAUAAGUGUGAGCUGUGCUCUUUCCGCUGCAGCGAUCGUAGUAACCUGUCGCAUCAUCGCCGUCGAAGGCACAAACUCCUUCCAAUGAAAGGUGCUCGCUCACUUUCCCAUAAGAAGAUGCUGAGUGUUUUACAGAAGAAGGCCAGCUCUUUGGGCUACGGCCGACGACUCCUAAUCAACUUCAGCCCCCCUUCUAUGGUGGUACACAAGGCGGACAAUGUGAACGACUUCUCCCAUGAGCUGCCUCACUUGCGUCAGGAGACCUACGAUAAUCAGAGUCGCGCAGUGGAGGGUGGGCACUCGUCAAAUCAAAACCACCAUCACCAUGACUUGGUUAUGGAUAACCCCUUGAACCAGCUGUCCACCCUUGCAGGCCAGUUGGCCAGCCUCCCCUCUGAGUCCCAGGCCCAGACUCAACCUCCCAUGUCUCCAGGAGCAGAGUCCAUCGUGGACGAGAAGCCUUUCCUCAUCCAGCAGCCCCACCCUGCCACAGCUCCUGUUGCUAUCACAGCCAGCAUGGCCCACGCCUCCUCCUCUUCCCCAAUCACCCCAGAGCCGCGGGCUCCUCCCCACAGCCAUUGCAGCCCAGGAGGGGGACCCUGCAGUGAGCACAGUGGGCGCACCAGUACCCCUAGUAUCUCAAACAGCCAACCUAGUACACCUGCCCCAGGCCUGUCCGCCCCGCUUCAGGAUCCCCAUCACUGCCAGCACUGUGAUAUCUACUUCCCUGACAACAUCCUCUACACCAUCCACAUGGGCUGCCAUGGCUAUGAAAACCCAUUCCAGUGCAACAUCUGUGGCCACAAGUGCAAGAGCAAGUAUGACUUUGCCUGCCACUUUGCCCGUGGACAGCACAAGUAAAGGACGACUGAAAAGGAAAACUCUGAAGAAAAAAAAACUUUUAAUGGACACCUUGUUUUAUUAUUUUCAUAGUAAUUUUAUUUAUUGGCCUCUUACUUGGCCUUGAUGUAGCUUAGCCUUUGAAAGUUGUACUCAAACCAGAAAAUGGUACCUUUCAGAGGGUUUUAAUUUUGUAUUGUGCCCAUUCAAGCGUAUUAUGAAGGGGUGAUCAGUGUUUUUAACUGGUUGAGAAUUUAUUUGUGGUGGUGGAGGAAGGUUCAUGAUGUUCUACAUAGCCAAACUACUUAACCUCCCUGAAUGUAGUAGGUUGCAGAAUACACAAUUUUCCUUUAUAUUUUUUCUCCUUUAUGGUUUGGAUUUUCUGUAAAUGUAGCACAGACAUGAAUGCUGUUCUUAAAGUUGAGCCUCCAGUACGUUGACACAUUUCUUUAACAGUGGCUAAUGGAAGGAAUACAAUCAGUUGUUUAACGUUUUGUUAAAGUCAUAGGAAUCUACUGUGUGCAGAAUACAUCAUUUGAGGAAACCAUACUCUUGUUUACCUUCCAAGACAGUUUGGGUUGGAGGGGCUCCUCACACAGCUGGUUGGCUCUAAUUCAGCGCGUCCCUUUCAGAAAAAUACAAGCCGCAAAAUAAACAACUUUUUUUUACAGGGUAUCUCUAGGUUGGCCACCCAAAUAAAUUCUCACCACUCCGGAAAUUUUGUCAACAGAUUGAUCUGAUGAUAAAAAGAGUGAACCUGCUCGAUCUAGAGUGAUCUCAUUUAAGCCUUUUUGAAAUUAUUUCAGUGCUUGGUGCAUUACUACUCUUACUUUGCAGUGCCUGAUAUGGUCACUUCUCUUGUGUGGCCUAGACAGAGAGGACUGUUAGUUUAAUAGUUAUUAUCACAAAUCUCCUCUGCUUGCUGUAACAGAAAGGCCCAGAGCCUUCGACAAUAAAAAGUUUGGCCAUUGUAGUUUUUUUUUAUGGUAGCCAUGACUUUUUGUUGCCAAAAUUCUGUUCCAUGAAUGCUGCUAAGACAUGUUGGGAUCAAAACUAAACAGAGGACAUCUACAGCAAAAACCUGGCCAAACUUUGUAUGGGUGUGUUUUUUUUGUUGUUUUUUUGGGUCAGCCAAUCAAGUUGUGACACUAGAUUUUAUAUAGAAGUGGUGUUUUUGAGACCGUCUCCACAGUGCCCUUCUUCAUCAAUUUCACUUGUUUUGUUAAAAAUGUUUUGUUGUAACCAUUUAGUUCCAUCAUUUCACUAUUGAAACUUUUGAUAUUGUAAGAAAUCACUUUGAACCAUGUUUAAGAAAGAAUCACCAAGUCUUGUGUUUCAUGUUUUCAGAAUUGCUGUGUAGCAACAGGGAUGCUGUUUUUUAGCCUUUGUGGUAACACUCACUGAGAUUCCCCCAUUGGAUCCCUUUCUGAAUAUUACUUACUGAGUAUUGUAUUCUGAGUGGUUGGAUAGAUGUUCAGUGUCAAAAAAGCAAAACAUUUUGCAGUAAGACUGCUACUUUAUCAAGAUUGUUCUUUGUAUUGGGUACGGUUGUCUGUUGCUUAGCAACAUGUGUGGAGAACAUAGUUACUGUUUUUAGGACCACCUCCGUGUCACCAUGCUAACCAGUAAUAGGGGCCUCCAGUAAUGACUGCCUUACGUUGUCUCAGUGUGUCGUAGGUUCAUUGGUAAUGGUGAAUGUCAAAGCCUGAUGGCGAUCACUCACUCCCUCUGGGAUGGAAAAUCAUUUUAUUGUGACAUGGAUUAAUAAUCAUACUAAUUUAUAAGUAAAGUGUUUUAUAACCGAA